AUGCUAAAUUUUUACACUGAAAACAAAAACAAAGUACAAGGCGCUGUAUUUUGGGGAAAUGAUUGGCGUAAAGCUCUAUGCAAGUGCAUCCAAUGUUUGGCUCUCUACAAAUCCGAAAAAGUGGAAUAUUUGCCUGACAUAGAAGAUUCGGCGAAGUCUUACGAAGAGCGAGGCAAGAAACGUGGUGCAACUGAAUCCACAUACGAACAAGGAAUACGGGCGCUGGCUUCAAUUGGCCGAGUUCAGCAAAUAGACGCUAUAACUGAAUACAACCGCAUGAAAGAAAGAUUAAUGGAGUAUUUACAAACAUUCGCAGUUUCCAAAAAAGUUGUCACCGAAGCGGAUAUCAACCGUUUCUUCGAGGAAAUGCGCAAUGAAAAGAACGCUGGUGUCGGACAACCAUACCUUUGCCGCUAAUUCUAAUGCACUCCUACAACAUAAUACAAAUCAUAAUUUCAAAAUGUGUACAACAGCUAUUGGUUCCAGAUGUAAACAUAACUUCAUAGCUUGUUCCACGUAGAAACCAGAUAAGAGUAACAUUCAUUCAUUUGUAUGCUUAUUAAAGCCAUGAAAUCAUUUAAAUAUUUACAAAAAUAUAUUUUGUUUAAUAUACGUUAA